AUGCAGGCCUCAGGCUCAUACCCGUAUCCCCAAUACCCGCGUCCUACACCUCCACGGCCACCAAAUUCUGGAAAUGGGAACAUGAACUCUGCUUCCGGUUAUAUAGCUCCUGGUAAUGGGAAUUCUGGAACUGGCUACCCCAAUACGGCUCAACGCAGACCGGUAAACGUCAAGCCGCCUCCCACAAACGGAGAAGGCAGCCGCGACUCAAACGCCUUGCGAGCCAGCGUACUCGAUGCUGCUCUUGCCUUGGGUUUUGGGACAAACAAGACGGUUGAGAACUGGAUGUUCAACACCGUCGCGGAGGAAGACGAAGAAGCCGAGGAAGACAUUGGCACUUCUCCCAGUUUAACGAACGGUUCAACUGCGACGUCGGCGGAAUCUACACCUGGGCCAUCUAACUCUUCGUUCCCCACACCGACAUAUACCCAACCUCUCGACCGGCCAUUUCAAACAGCCGGGACCUAUACCACGCCUUACCCAGCGCCAGUCUCGCCUCCCGUCGCACCUCCCACGCCCAAAAGCAAGAACAAACUUCGCAAGAAGGGCCGUGGGGAUGAUGGCUACAUCUCAGACUCCACUGGUCCAGCACCGCUGAAGUCGUCGAAGUCAAAACGGUCGAAGUCAAAGGGUCCGUCCGGCGGUGGGGAGUCCAGCGAUGAAGGUGGCGGCUAUUUCUCAGACUUCGCACGGAGAAGGAAGAGCAAGAAGAAGGAUAAGAAGGACAAGGAUAAGGCGUCAAGGGAGCUGGUCGACGACGGAGAUGAGAGCGAUGGUGGAUACCUGUCAGAGGCGACCAAGAAGAAGCGUGGCUUCUUCCGUUUGAAGUCCAAGUCAUCGAAGACGAGUCCCGCGGCGCCGCCGCCGGUACCGGCGAUGCCACCUAAGCUUCCGUCGAUGCCCGCCUCUGCUUCGACUCUGUCGGCUGAUAUUGAUUGGGAGCAGCAUCAGUCAGUGGAUAGAGCUCGGAGUACGACACCCAUGGCGGCGGUGCGACCGAAGGAGAGCUUCGAUAGCUUCGCGACAAGGACGACGAGCACGGAGGAUGACGACGCUUGGACCGCGGAGACGCCGAAUACGAGCAUGAGCGGGCAUGGUCUGAGCAGUAUUGGACAUGGGUCGAAGCGCAGCAAUGAUGUCGGUUCAAGCAGCAACGGCCAUGGGUCUAGCAACGGACAUGGCGCAGGCUCAAGUGACGGACACGGCGAACCCACGAAGAAGGGUGUGCGCUUUACACCUUCGACGCGCUUCAGCGGUCCUGCUCUGCAGGCGAUUGCCCCAGAACCUAUUCCGCCUUCGCCGCGCGUACCGGCAUUACCUACGUCACCAUCGCCUGCCGUAUCGCAGAGACAGCAGUUGAUGCUGAAUAUCUCUCCGCCUUACGCCCUUGCACCCAAGCCCGCCCCAAGCCCUACGCCCAGCGACUUCACGAUCGUGUCUGCUACGGAUGGGGUCGAACCGAGUUCUGACUAUCUCGUCCCCAGCCCGAGCGUCACUCCUGUCCCAACGCAACGAAGCCCAGACGAUGUCCUCACUCCUCAAUCUGGCUCCGACACCAUCAGUCCUCAGAGCACAUACAUCGUGCCCUCACCCUCAGCACCGAACUUCCGUCGCGAUACGUCGCCUCCCCGUUCCGUAGGCUACAUCGUUCCCUCGCCGUCUACGCCAACAUUCUCCCACGCGUACCAAUCUCCAUCCCAACGCGGUGGCUAUCAACCGUACUCGCGCGGUCGCACGCCCGAGCCUCGAUCCUACACGCCUGAUCCCGACUACGAUGACAGGGACGACGAUUUCGCGCCGCCUAGCGCGCCUCACCUGCGCGUGAACACCGGCAAUGCAUCACCGACCCGCGGCAGAUUCAGUCAUGCAGAUCUACCACCAGCGACGCCGCCGCCCAGCGGACCGUUGCCAGAUGUUCCCCCGGGCGAGAUGGGCGGUAACUCGCCCAGCCCGGGUAUGAGUGCGGGUAGUGGUGGCUUCAGGUUCCCACCAAGUCCGAGUGUUCGGGAUGCACCGCGAGGACGCAGUCCGCUACUGGCUUCAUACAGCCCGACACCGCCCACGGCGUACGCACCUUCACCCGUUCCACCCUCUGCAUUUGGACAGCCCAGUUCAUCGUCGCGCCCGCCCAGUCGUGCGCCCAGUCCUGGUCCCAUCCAGCGUGGUCGUGAGAGCCCAUUCCCAGUACGGCCGGCGCGGCCUAUCAUCGCCGUAUCUGCGCCUGCGGAUGACGACGAGCCUGAUCCUGAGUCGCCUGUCAAGCGCGGACGACCAAUGGGAUGGAACCAGAGCUCAAGUCCGAAUGCACAACUCAGCGCGGGUGUGGCGGGUCAAUGGAGUGCAGCGAGGGAGCGCGAGAGGUUCUUGGCUGCUACAGGUGGACGCGAGUCACCAAUGGCGCCCGGUCCUUCUCAGGCGUCGGAUAGGGAGAGGGAUGGUACUUUACUGAACCCAUCGUCGUCCAUCCGCCGCAAGCCGACUGUCAUCAACCAUCGCACGGAGAUCAGUCUACAGGCUCUUGUGUACCCGGAGGGUACAGGCGAGGGACGCAUCACCAGCGCCAUCGUACCGGAGAGUGUCACAGGCUUCAGUGACAGCGAUGCAGGCGGUGUGAGAGACAGCACCUACAGCGACGGAGGGCGGGAUGAGGGGCUGGGGUAUCUGCGCGAUAGGAACAGCGAGUACUUCGACGAUGACGAAGACGUGCGGGGAAGGAGCGAGAGCGCGUUCUCAACCAUCGCCAAGACGUACGAUGGUUCUCGAGGCCAGAACGGUAGCAGUGGGGCAUACGCGCCGAAUGGUCGGGAGAGCACCUUGUCUAUGAGUGAUGCUCUCGAGUAUGGGCGGGAUAGUAUCUACGAGGGUGGAAGAGGGGAGAGCGUGUACGAUGUUGGUGGCGCGCUGAGUGCCGGUGUACGUGGGAGUGCAUAUGACGAUGGUGCACAGGACCCACGCACGCUCUUCGGACGAGAGUCGGUUUAUGAUGACCAGGACGAUGCCAGCAUCUACCCUCCUUCGCAGAGGACUGUCGACUCGUAUUACUUCGGUAACUCUAGCCGGCCGGCCAGUCUUGUGGAUGAGCAGCGGUCAGGCGAGAUGCGCUCGAAGCUCAUGCAGCGCGUUGGACGUGGAGACGAUAUCAUACCUCCUGUACCGGCCUUGCCAAGGGGUGUGAAUAGGUUUUGA